AUAAUGUGCUUACAAUAGUUGUUCAACUAUCGUGUUAGGCAGCUUCAGUUUCGGAUGAAGGUUAAGGCAAGAGGGAGAGAGGCAAACAGUUUGUGCAAUGAAUAAUUAAGUUUAGGUAGUUAUUGACUGCGGUACGCCGUUUAUUAAUUUUAGUCCCCACUUAAGAUACUAUAGCUGUGCAAUUUUCGGUUGCCGACGCUACUCCAUAGUUUGUAUUGCAAUUCUAACGAAGUUACAUAAAUACUAAACCCUAUAACACCAUGAGUACUACAGUAGAAAAUGGAGCUGGUGACAAUGCUUCAAAGAAAAAGACUAUCGAAGGGAUAUACCAGAAGAAGUCUCAGUUGGAACAUAUUUUAUUACGUCCCGAUACUUACAUUGGUUCUGUUGAACCGGUAACUGAAAUGAUGUGGGUCUAUGACAAAGAGAAAGAAGUAAUGGUGCAAAGGGAAAUAAAAUAUGUUCCUGGAUUAUACAAAAUAUUUGAUGAGAUUUUAGUAAAUGCAGCAGAUAAUAAACAAAGGGAUCCCAAAAUGGAUACCAUUAAAAUUGACAUUAAUCAAGAACAGAAUGUUAUAUCAAUAUGGAAUAAUGGCAAAGGUAUCCCAGUGGUAAUUCAUAAAGAAGAAAAUAUGUUUGUUCCUACCAUGAUAUUUGGUCAUUUGUUAACAUCGUCUAAUUAUGAUGACGAAGAGGAAAAAGUAACUGGUGGUAGGAAUGGUUAUGGUGCCAAAUUGUGUAAUAUUUUUAGUCAUCGUUUUACCGUGGAAACUUCAUCUAAGGAGUAUAGGAAAUGUUUAAAACAAACAUGGAGUAACAAUAUGGGACUUGCUAGUGAGCCUAGAGUUAAAGCAUCCACUGGAGAAGAUUUCACGAAAGUCAUAUUUUCACCAGAUUUAUCAAAAUUUAAAAUGCAAUCUCUGGAUGAUGAUAUAGUUGCUCUUAUGUCUCGACGAGCGUUCGAUAUAGCAGCCUCUACUACCGGUGUUAAAGUCUAUUUGAAUGGCACUAGAGUUCCAAUUAAAAAUUUUAAAGACUAUGUCGAUUUGUAUAUUAAAGAUAAAAAAGAUGACAUUGGUAAUCCUUUGAAAGUAGUAUAUGAACACUGUGGACCUCGUUGGGAAGUGGCUGUUACUCUGUCUGAUAAGGGCUUCCAGCAAAUGUCUUUUGUAAACAGUAUUGCAACAACAAAGGGUGGACGGCAUGUGGAUCAUGUUACAGAAUUAAUAGUAAAACAGUUGACAGAAACUUUAAAGAAGAAAAAUAAGGCUGGCGUGACGAUCAAGCCAUUUCAAAUUAAAAAUCAUCUAUGGAUUUUUGUUAAUUGUCUUAUUAACAAUCCUACAUUUGAUUCGCAAACUAAGGAGAACAUGACAUUGCAAGCUAAAAGUUUUGGUUCAAAAUGCACACUUAGCGAUAAAUUUGUUACAAACGUAACAAAAAUGGGCAUUGUUGAAGCAGUUCUAACAUGGGCGAAAUUUAAAGCUGAUAGCCAGCUACAAAAAUUGGGCCCUAAAUCAAAGCAAAGAAAAUUGCAAGGAAUUCCAAAGUUAGAAGAUGCUAAUGAUGCUGGAACCGGCAGAUCACUUGAAUGCACGCUGAUAUUAACUGAGGGAGACUCAGCUAAGACCAUGGCAGUAUCUGGUCUUGCUUCUAUAGGUAGAGAUAAAUAUGGAAUAUUUCCUCUGAGAGGUAAAAUUUUAAAUGUAAGGGAGGCGACUCAUAAGCAAAUUUUAGAAAAUGUCGAGAUUAAUAAUUUGAUAAAAAUCCUUGGACUUCAAUAUAAGAAAAAAUAUGAAACUCGCGACGAUCUAAAGACAUUACGUUAUGGAAAAAUGAUGAUAAUGACCGAUCAAGAUCAGGAUGGUUCUCAUAUCAAGGGAUUGUUAAUUAAUUUUAUUCAUCAUAACUGGCCUUCAUUACUGAAGGUAAAUUUCGUAGAAGAAUUUAUCACACCCAUUGUGAAAGCAACAAAAGGAAGCGAAGUAUUGAGCUUCUUUUCCCUACCGGAAUUUCAAAAAUGGAAGACGGAGACGAGUAAUUUUCAUACGUAUAGAAUCAAGUACUACAAAGGUUUGGGUACCUCUACGGCUAAAGAGGCAAAAGAAUAUUUUCAAAAUAUGACGAGACACAGGAUUUUAUUUAGGUAUGAUGGAGAUCAGGAUGAUCAAAAUAUCAUCAUGGCUUUCAGUAAAAAGUGUGUCGAUCAACGUAAGGAUUGGCUAACGAAUUAUAUGGAUGAAACGAAAAGAAGGAAAGACAUUGGUCUCGGGGAGCGUUAUCUUUAUCAAAAGGAUACACGUACUGUAUCUUUCUCUGAUUUUAUUAACGUUGAAUUAGUUUUAUUCAGUAAUUAUGAUAAUGUACGCUCUAUACCUAAUAUGAUCGAUGGUUUCAAACCGGGACAAAGAAAAGUUUUGUAUACGUGUUUAAAACGUAACGAUAAACGUGAAGUAAAAGUUGCUCAGUUAGCUGGAUCUGUUGCCGAACAUUCAGCGUACCACCACGGCGAAGUUUCUCUUAUGUCAACUAUCAUUGGUCUUGCACAGAAUUUCGUAGGAAGUAAUAACAUUAAUUUACUUCAACCCAUUGGUCAGUUCGGUACCAGAUUAGCAGGAGGAAAAGAUUCAGCAAGCCCUCGAUAUAUCUUCACGAUGCUUAGUCCGUUAGCGAGGCUUAUAUUUCACAAGUACGACGAACCUUUGCUGAAAUACGAGUACGAUGAUAAUCAAAAAAUUGAACCUGUGUACUAUGUACCAACUAUACCAAUGGUAUUAGUAAAUGGUGCUGAUGGCAUUGGUACUGGCUGGAUGACAAAGAUUCCGAACUACAAUCCCAGAGAGAUCAUUGAAAAUUUAUUUAGAAUGAUGGACGGUGCUGAUCCAAAACCAAUGAUACCCUACUACAAGAACUUUAAAGGAGUAAUAGAGAGUUGCGGAGAUUAUCGAUAUGUUAUUAAUGGCGAAAUUUCGGUGAUCGGACCAGAUAAAGUUGAAAUUACGGAACUUCCAGUUGGAACAUGGACCCAAACUUACAAAGAAUCAGUUCUAGAGCCAAUGUUGCAUGGAAGCGAUAAAAUACCAUCUAUUAUUACAGAUUACAAGGAAUACAACACGGACACGGCAGUACACUUUAUAGUAACUUUAAACCGCGACAAGUUAGUAGAAUUAGAGAGGGAUGGUCUUCAUAAAGCUUUCAAACUACAAACCACAACUGCUAUUACAUCUAUGUGUGCAUUCGAUGCAAAUCAAUGCCUUCAAAAGUAUGAUAACGUUGUUAACAUUCUGAAAGACUUCUAUACAGUAAGACUGCAAAUGUAUCACAAAAGGAAAGAUUAUUUGGAGGGUAUACUGCAGGCAGAAGCGUCGAAACUUUCGAACCAAGCAAGAUUUAUUUUAGAGAAAUGCGACGGGACUAUAGUAAUAGAAAAUAAAAAGAAGAAGGAUAUGAUAGCUGAAUUAAUUAGACGAGAGUAUGUAUCCGAUCCAGUGAUAGCUUGGAAAUUAUCACAAAAUAGAGAAGAAGUUUUAGAAGAAGUAGCUGAAACGGUUGAAGACGAAGAAGCUGCGUCGACUACUGCCAUAGCAAAAGAAAAUUUCGAUUAUCUAUUAGGAAUGACCUUAUGGAGUUUAACAAAAGAAAAGAAAGAUGAAUUAUUACGUCAAAGGGACGAUAAAUUAGCGGAAUUGAAGAGAUUGCAAGCUCGUUCGCCUGUCUCUUUAUGGAAAGAGGAUUUGAACAAUCUAUUGAGCGAAUUAAAUAAGUUAGAAGAAAAGGAACAAAAGGAAGAAUUGAAAUCGGCUAAACUUAUUAAGAAACCUCCAUCAAAAAUUUAUGCAUCGAAUUCUAUUCGUCGAAUAGUUCCAGUAAUUGAUACGGAAUUGAAGAAGAAAAUUGAAAAAGCGGACAUUGUGUCUAAAGACAAAAAGGAAGGAAUUAAGAAGCAGCCAAGGGUAAAGAAAGAAUCAACGGAGGAGAAAGAUGAAUUCGAUCUUCUAGUUGAAGCAGGUUCGAAACCGUUGGAUGAUAGAGUGGGAUCUUCUCCUGAUAAGAUAGAGAAAAAAGCAGGCGGCAAGAGAGGUAUGAAACAAACAACAUUGCCAUUUAAACGGGGCGCCAAAAAAGAAAAAGGUGAUAAAAGGAAAAUGUACUGUAGCGAUGAAAGUAACGAUGAAAUUGAUUUUGGCAGUAUAUCACCUCCGCCAGAAAUUCGUACAUCCCGUAGAAAUACAGCUAAGAAAAACUACAGUUUCAAUUCUGAGUCUUCAUCUAACGAUGAAAUGGUUAAUCUUUCAUCAGAUUCAGAGCAAAAAACGAAACCAGUGGCAAUAACAAACAGUGAUUCUGACGAUAGCUUUAACAUAAAUAAGAAAGUACCACCGCCGAAGUUAAGUUCAGAAGAACUUUUCGACUCUCUAGUCGGUAGUUCUUCUGCAGAAAAACAACCAAAACCUGUAGUGUCAUCUAGUGAAGACGCGUUAUUCUCGCCUCCAUCAAAAGCUCCCGUUAAAAAGAAGGCUGAAAAUGGUGGAGGAAAAAGAGGGAAAAUACGGUUUAAAACAAAGGUCUUUUCUUCUGAUUCGGAUUCCGAAGACCAACCGUUUGCCAUCAAAGAAGUUCCCUCAAAGAAAAAGAAGAAGAAGACCGAGUCGCAACAGGAUGAUAUUGCUAGGAUAGACGAAACUUCUCCAGUUCCAGCGCCGAGAAAUACUACGGGCCGUGUUCGUAAACCUGUUUCAUAUGCCGUGGAAUCGGACGAUGAUUCCAAUUGAAUGACUGCCCAUAUAAGUUUUUAGUUGAAUUGGAAUCCAGACUAUUAAUAACGUUAUUUUAUGUUAUCGGUAAACCAUAUUACUUUAUGUUAAUCACACUCUGGAUUACAAUUUAACUAAAUAAAUAUAUAUAUACGUACAUAGACACAUACACUUAGCAUAUACAAAUAUGUAUGUAAAUAUAUAUGUAAAUGUAUGUGUGUAUAUAUAUAUAACACUAUCUGUCAAUAGUGUGAGAGCCGUCCGUGUAGGGUCAUAUGUUUUUUGAUCAGAAUUUGAAGUGCGCAAGAUCAUUGACGCUACUCGCUCUUACAGACAUAACCACCGUCAUUCAAGGACAUAGAUAUAAUGCACCACAAUAACUAUGCGUAGCAAUUGUCUAUACAGCUUAAUUUAUAUUUAUCUUCGUCAUUCUAUAGAUGUGAUUGCAAUGAAGUUCAUGCACUUAAAUGCCUUGAACGUUGUUCGAUAUUAAUGCGUUGUACAUAUUUUUUAAAGAUCCAAUUAUAAAUUUAGUUAGCUAAAUAAGUUUUACUUAUUUUUUCAUGUAUCAAACUCCGAUUUUAUAAUGAAACAUAAUUACCGUUUACGUAUAUAUACUUGUUAGAGAUAUUUUUCGUAUUCAUAAUAAAUGAUGUAUCUUGAAUAUACGAGGUACUUACUGUAACGUGUGAAAAUAAUUGUAUCAAUUAACACGUAUAAUUCUUUCGUUCGAUACUGAAGUAUAAUAAACGAAAAAAAAAAACAAUACUGCAAAGAAUUCAACACAGUCAGUAUUUUCUUAAAAAUCGUUUGAUAUGACACUAAACAUUUUAUAUACGUAUUGUAAUUUGUUUUAUUGAUUUCAUGUCUGUACUACUCGUCAAAGUUAGACAAAUUUUAUUUCCACAUAGCAAAUAAAUAUCUUAGAUUUAUUCGUGAAUUAAUUUUCACCCGCGAUCUUGUUUGCCUAGAGAUCCUGGCUUCCUCCUACUCCUUUACCACCAAUGAAUUUUAUGUUAUAGUUUUUCAUUAGUAUUUUUAUUAUCAGAUAUAUUUCAUUAUACAUUUACAAUCUUUGAUAACUUUUACAAAUGCAAUAAUGUUGAUAGGAAUACCGAGCUUGCGAAUAAUUCAAGUUCCUCUUUCUAUGUAAGUACUCGAUACGCUGUUUGCGCUUACACAGUACGUAUUCAAUUAACAAAAUGUUUUUACAGCUUCAUGAAUGUUAUGAUUGUUCGAUGUCACUUUCACCAGUAAUGCGAGAAUAUGUAAUUAUAAAAUUACUCGUGCUUUUAAUUUGAUCUAGCUGUAUUCAUGAUCUCUUAAUUUUAAAUCUGUCACGUUAAAAACGCAGAGCUUAUCUAUACAUUUGUUCAUCUAAGGGAAUGUAGUACCAGACCAAUAAAUAUCGGUAAGUGACAUUUGACAGAAAUGUCUGCUUUUCGUGUUUCGAUAUGCCAAUUCCCAAUACAAAAAUCGUAUAAACAUUUAUACAAUACAUUUCAUGUAAUACUACCAAGAAAUUUCUAUGUAAAAAAAAGAAGUACAUAUUGUAAAUGAAACUAGAAAAAAAGGUGUGCGCGUAGCGCGAAACAUUCUUAAUGAAUGACAAUAAAAAAAUAUAUAUUAUACACAAUCCUCUAAACAAAUCACGACAAGGUCUGUCUCAUUUCAAAAUUACUAAACAUCUAAUUUAUAAUCUCAUUUCCAGUUUAAUUUCACGUAUACUUUCUGCUAUUUUUAUUUUUAUGCCUAUGGUUCGUAAUGAUGAAGAAUAUCAUGUGUUGUAACAAAUAUUAA